AUGAUGUCUAAGAAGAUCCCCCAGUGCCCUGCACCGGAUCAGUCGGAGCAUGAUCAGCCGCCCAGCCAUUGUCAGGUGGACCGGUCCGCAAAUGCAGCACUGGGGUGUAGGAACAAGGCUGAAUCAGGUCAAAGAAACGCAGAGACAGCGUCAUCGUCCCCAGAGAGCGGCAGCUUGAACGGAGAUGGAAAGCGCAGCGGUAAAAGCCGCCGCCGCAAGAAACGUUCAGCCAAUUCGGAGAGUCGCCCUGAGGGGAAGGUAGACAGUAAGCCCAAGAAUGAAGAGAAGCCAGACAAAAAGAACAGCCAGCCAUCUGACCCCCGUGCUGGGCUGGUUGGCCUGCAGUCUGAGUGCGCUAAUGUAUGGUUUGAGCGCAGCAUCUACGAGCGAGCUGAGAGCCUCUACCAGUGCUGGUUGGCGAGCUCCUCCAAUGGGACCACCAAGUCAAACCGGUCACCUCCAGCCCCAGGGAAACACUCAAACUCUCCAGCCACUGUAGCUCCAUCUUCCUCAGGACUGGUGUGCCGCCAUAGUGAUCAGGUGGCCUGUCACCAUGUUGUCCAGGCCGUGUGGGUGAACAAGACGACCUUUGACCAAGCAGAACGUCGCUAUGUUGAAGACUCCAUGCAGGUGCCCGUUCCAAACUCUCUGGACCUCCCAUCCCUGCCUAACCGCUCCAUCACACCUAGAACACCUGAUGAAGGAUAUCAAUCUCUCGCCCCGACACCUGCAACCCCCGUCAUCCAACAAGCAGCUGUCACACCAACCAAUCGACAGUCGAUUAAUGGACUGCCUCGCAUUCCUGUGGAGCUGCUCAGAGACGUGUGGAUCGAGAAACCUCUGUAUGACCGCGCCGAAGCAGCCUUUUACCAGAAUCUGUACGGUAACAAUUCCUCCAAACGGUCCAGCUGCGCCUCCACCUCCAGAAGUAGCGACCCCCCUCAAAGCCUGGUAGAAGAGGAGGAGGAAGAGGAAGAUGAGGAAAUGAUGGUGGAGGAAAAACGGGUGGUCCCGCAGGGUAAAGCAGAAGUCUUCCACGCUCUGCUCCCCAUUCAGGAGGAAGAGGAGCCAGCUGAGGUCCCAGAGAAGGAGGAAGUGUCGGGGGCCGGAGUCUGUUACUUCAAUCACCCAGACAGCGAGCGGGUGUGGCUGGACAAGUGGCGGUAUGAUGCUGCAGAAAGUCGUUUCCAUGGUUACAAUGGGAGUGAAGCUGUGGUGGUGAAGAAGGGUCGGAGGCCAGAAGCGACAUCAAGUCCCUCCACCGCCCCACUGAGGGACAAGUAUGACCAAACCGAGAGAGUGGAGUCGCUCCAGAUAUUUCCAUUUGAUCUUUCAUUGUUAUUUUUGGGGCCCUCUCUUGUCCCUCCUUGCUCUCUCCUCUGUAGCACCAUGAGUUCAGUGGAUUUUCUGGCCCAGGAGAAGAUCUGGUUUGACAAACCCCGCUAUGACGAGGCAGAGAGACGCUUCUACGAGCGCAUGAACGGCUCCUCGCAACCAACACAGGAGGAUGUCGGAGCUAACACCAUUCUGCAAGACAUUGCUCGUGCCCGGGAGAACAUUCAGAAAUCUCUAGCAGGACUGAAGAACACACUGUGUAACAGAGGGUCUGGUCAACCUUCCCUGAGCCAACAGUCCCAGCUUAGCAGCAGCAGUUCAGCUGAUCAGGGGGAAAUCAUCAGUCGCAUCAAGAGCCUGGAGCUGGAAAACCUCAACUUAAACAAAGUGGUGGAUGACUUGAAGGCUGCACUUUCCAAACUGGAAUCUCGGGUGUCUGUUUUGGAGAAAUCUCCUGCAGCUGUGACUGUGGCUCCCGCUCCUUCAGUACCCUACACAAACGGUUACUAA